GUAGUACAUGUUUCCUGUGUAACUGCGGAGGGGGCGGGGCCACGGAGCACAGCCGCCAUUUUAGUACACGUAGUGAAUUAAUUUCCGCAGCGCAGCAGCCAGGUUGGUUUCCUCCUGUAAUAGAGCCACAAACCCAAUGUUCUGAAGAAGUCCAAAUUCGGUGGCCUUCUCUAUUCUCUAAGGCCCGGGACCAGAUACCACCUCUUUUUACACCACAGAGGGAGAGUAUCUAGAAGCACAGAAGGGUCUUUAAAAAAGUGUGGUGAUGAAGAAGCGGCGGCCCCUCACAUCACAGGGUGGACGCGCCAGGAAUACCUCAGAGGAACAUCUCAUUUUUUCUCCAGAUUUAGAAAUUGAAGCUAAAAACGUUGUGCACGAUGCUCCAGGAAACCCUAUGCACCCAGCUGCAGACAUUCCAAUAUCCCUACACAUACAUCCAGUACGUCACAGUGAAGAAAUAUCAUCUGACGCCUCUAAUCAUGAGGAAUAUUCUGAUAAUUCCGAUAUUGCUACAAAUAGUACAGCUCAUACAGGUGACACAGUAUUUCCAUGUUCAAAAUGUGCUAAAUGUUUUAGACAUCAGUCAGCUCUUGUUAGACAUCAGAGAAGUCACAUAGAGGAAAAAUCAUUCUCAUGCUCUGAGUGCGAGAAACAUUUUACAUUGAAAUCACGUCUUAUUUUACAUCAGAGAAGUCACACAGGUGAGAAACCAUUUUUGUGUUCUGAAUGUGGGAAAUGUUUUACAUACAAAUCAUGUCUUGUUAUACACCAGAGACUUCACACAGGUGUGAAACCAUUUCCAUGUUCUGAGUGUGGGAAAUGGUUUACACUGAAAGCACAUCUUAUUGAACAUCAGAGAACUCACACAGGUGAGAAACCAUUUCCAUGUUCUGAGUGCGGAAGAUGUUUUAAAACUAAAUCAACUCUUGUUAAGCAUCAGAGACUUCACACAGGUGUGAAACCAUUUUCAUGCUCUGAGUGUGGGAAAUGUUUCAUACAGAAAAAUAGUCUUGUUGAACAUCAGAAAUCUCACACUGGUGAGAAACCAUUUCCAUGCUCAGAAUGUGAAAAAUGCUUUACUCUGAAAUCAAAUCUUAACAAACAUCAGAAUAUUCACACAGGUGCAAAGCCAUUUCCAUGUUCUGAGUGUAUGAAAUGUUUUGUAAGCAAGGCAGAUUUAUUUAGACAUCAAAGAAGUCACACGGGUGAGAAGCCAUUUCCAUGCUCAGAGUGUGAGAAAUGUUUUGCACUGAAAUCUAAUCUCAUCAAACAUCAGCGUAUUCACACAGAUGAGAAACCAUUUCCAUGUUCUGAGUGUGGAAAAGGUUUCACAGAAAAGGUUUAUCUUGUUAGACAUCAGAGAAUUCACACAGGUGAGAAACCAUUUCCAUGCUCUGAGUGUGGUAAAUGUUUUACUACAAAAUCACAACUUGUUGCACAUGAGAAAAUACACACAGGAAAGAAACCAUUCCCAUGCUCUGAGUGCGGGAAAUGUUUUAUUAUGAAAUCACAACUUGAUAAACAUUUCAAAACACACAAAGGUGAGAAACCAUUUUUAUGUUCGGAGUGUGGAAAAAGUUUUAUGCACAAAGCAAGUCUUGUUAUACAUCAGAGACAUCACACAGGUGUAAAACCAUUUUCUUGCUCUGUGUGUGGAAAAUGUUUUAGCUGUAAAUCAAGUCUUGUUGCUCAUCAGACACUUCACACAGGUUUAACACCAUUUUCAUGUUUGGAGUGUAGGGAAUGUUUUACACUGAAAUCAGCUCUUGUAAAACAUCAGAGACGUCACACAGGCGAGGAACCAUUUCCAUGUUCUGAGUGUGGUAAAUGUUUCACAGGGAAAGCAGAUUUUAUGAGACAUCAAAGAACUCACACAGGUGAAAAACCAUUUUCGUGUUCUGGGUGUGGGAAAUGUUUUGCACUGAAAUCAAAUCUUGUUGUCCAUGAGAGAACACACACAGGUGAGAAACGAUUUUCAUGUUCUGAGUGUGGGAAAUGUUUUACUGGCAAUUCAUCUUUUGUAAAACACCAGAGAAUACACACAGGUGUGAAACCAUAUUCAUGUUCUGAGUGCGGGAAAUGUUUUACAGCUAAAUCAUAUCUUGUUGCACAUCAGAGAACUCACACAGGCGAGAAGCCGUUUAAAUGCCCUGAGUGUGGGAAAUGUUUUACACAGAAUGCCACUCUUUUUUUGCAUCAGAGGACUCACUUAGCUAAGAAACCAUUUCCAUGUUCCUAUUGUGAUAAAGGUUUUGCCCGGAAAACUCAUCUUGUUAGUCAUCAGAGAGUUCACAUAUAGUGGCAAAGCAUUUACCAUGAUCUAAUAGAUAUGAAAUGAGGUUGCAGUUAUUCUUUUCAUAUUUUGUUAUUACAGGUUGAGUAUCCCAUAUCCAAAAUGCUUGGGACCAGAAGUAUUUUUCCAUAUUUUGGAAUAAUUGAAUACCAUAAUAUAAGAUGUCAUGGCUAUGGGACCCAAGUCUAAGCACAGAAUGCAUUUAUGUUUUAUAUACACCUUACACACAGCCUGAAGUUAAUUUUAGCCAAUAUUUGUAAAAACUUUGUGCAUUAAACAAAGUGUGUGUACAUUCACACAAUUAAUUUGUUUCAUAUACACCUUAUACACACCGCCUGAAGGUCAUUUUCAUACAAUAUUUUUAAUAACUUUGUGUAUUAAAGUUUAUGCACAUUGGGGUAUAUUUACUAAGCUCCCGAUUUUGACCGAGAUGCCGUUUUUUCUUCAAAGUGUCAUCUCGGUUAAUCUCGGUCAUUUACUAAACACUAAUCACGGCAGUGAUGAGGGCAUUCGUAAUUUUUUGCUAGUUCAGGUAAAAAAUUACGAAUGAAUACACCAUCGGUCAAAACGCGGCUG